CCUGUUUAUCAAUAAAGUUCCCGCUUAAAAAAAAGUUUUAAUUCAAUUAAGUUAACUUAAAUACAAAGGAACACAUUAUUUUUUUUUUUUAUAUUUAAUAAAAGUAUAUUUCCUAAUACAAUGGAUCCGGCUAUUGAGAAGUCAUGCUUAGAAGAAAUUUCUACAAAUGUUUUUGAUUCUAUGCAAAAGGUAACAUUGAAAACUAUAUCCAACAAUUGGCAAAUAUCGAAUGCUAUUGCUAAAAAUGUUCUCAACAAAUGGCUAGAACAAAAUGAAAAAAAGCUCAAGGAACUUGUGAAAGAGUUUGUCAUUCAAGGAAUGAACUCAAAAGGAACAUUCUCAAUUAGUGUCGUACCUGAAGACAAAAAAGAAAAACUAGCAAAAAUAUGGAACAACUUUGAUUGCUGGCUGUACAGCAUUGAAACAAAAUCAAAUUCAAAAUCACUGGAUCUUCCUGUGAAUUUCGAACCUAUUCAUGUGAAAAACCUUCAAGUCAAUAUUGGGACUCGGGAUCUGGGUGUUCCAGUAAAACAAGAGCCUUCCACAAGCCAGAUUGAUACAACUAAAAUAAAAACUCCAUUUGGGAUGGUUAAACCUUUAGAAAAGAAGGAAAUUAAAAAGGAGAAAACUGACGAAAUUAUAAAGACAGAAGAAGAAACUGUAAAAGUAAAAAUUGUCGAUCCGAUUAAAGAAGAAUUGCCACAAAAAGUUUCUCCAGAAUCGAAAGCAAGUAAAGUAAAACCAAAUGCAAAGAAAAAUGGCAAGAAUCAGCCUGUUUCUCAAGGAAAAGGCAGUAUUUCAUCAUUCUUUGGUAAACCUUCGAACAAAAGUUCGACAGAUAAUCGUAGCACGGCUAUUAGUGAACCAACUCUUAUCAAAAAAGAUCCAGAAAUUAAAGUCGAAGAAAAAAAGGAGGAGGUUCCAAGAAAAAGGUCCGCAUCGCCAGAUAUUCUUAAGAAAGAACCAGUCAAGAAAGUACCGUCUAAGAAAUUAAAAUUGAAAGUUCCACCAAACAAGAAACGUUCUAGAAUUCAAGUAAUGGAGGAUUCUAGUGAGGAAGAAGAGGUUGAACCACAAAUUGAAGAUCUACCAGACAGUAAAUUCAUUAAGUUUGAUCGUGAAAUGACACCGGAAAAGCAAAUGUGUUCACCAGAAAAAAUGGAAGUAGAGGAAAAAGUGGAAGAACCGAAAAAUGAUGAUUUAAAACCGGGACACAGAAACAAGGCAAAACGUUGGGUUACAAAACGAUUUGAAACAGACGAUGGCUUUAUUAGAACGGAAAAAGUACUCGAAGAAUAUUCUGAUGACGAAAAUGAAAAUGAAAAUGAGGACAAUAUAAAGAAAAAUUCUCAGUCCCAAGAGAAAAUUGAAUCGCCUUCAAAAAAGACUCCACAAAAAAAGGUGACACCUAAAACUAAAGUCAAAGAUAUGCCCAAAACAAAGCAAGGAAGCAUCAUGAAUUUCUUUAACAAAAAAUAAUAAAUGUUACAUUUGUAUGAAAAGCAUGCCAACCUUUCUUAAAUAAAGUUUUAGAUUUGAUU